GGGAAUACUAUAAAUAGUAAACACAGUCCAUUUUCCCAAUUCUUCAGGAGAAGCUUUCCAGCAAUGGCGUUUCCAUCCACCUUCCAAGAGAGGCUUCAACAGAUGGAAGCCACUCGAAACCAAAGGCUUCUCCUCCUUCAGGCGGAGAAGGAGCUUCACCUCGCCAAGUCGCAGCUGCUGUCGAAGAAGAUCGAGGACCUGCGGCGGGAGGAGUGUCGGUGCCUCCUCUUGAAGAGGAGAGGCACCGAACUCGCUUGCCAGAUUCUCGCUAGCAAGUCCGAGAUCGACGCCUUAGAAGCCCGGCACCAGGCGGCCGCCUGUGAGUACAGGGAUUUGAAGAGGGAGAUUGAGGAACUGGAAGAGAAGGAGAAGACGAGGGACGAGUUCUAUAAUCUGCGGAUGUCGGAAUUGGAAGAAUUCAAGGAAUCCACUAGGAGAUUUCUUUUGGAUAACCGUGACAAGGUGCAGAAACUGCAAGAUUCAGUCUCGGAAUAUUUGUUACAGAACACUUGUGACCUUUUAGCAAUGCAACUGGUUUUAUGUAAUGUCAUGCCGUUGCAGCUCAAAUCAACUCUGAACCUCCUUCAGGGCAGCGAUGGAUAUAUGGAUAAUGGUAGGAUUGCGGCAGGAGAGACCAAAAAGUCUGAGCUCUUAGCAGAGAAGGAGAAAUUAGAGAAGUAUUUAAUUUCAAGUGACCAUUUGAGGACGUUGUUGCAGAAGCAACUCCACAAGAUGUUGAUAUCACAGGAUAAAAAGAAGACCAAGGCCCUAACUAAAGAUCAAGUUGAGAAAUAGCAAAGUUGGAACCAAUAUAAUGGACGUUAGUGUGGUCAUAACUAAGUUGCUGUUUAGUUUUCACUUUUCGUUCGUAUUAGAUAGAAUGCUAGUUCUAUGUGAUUCAAGUUAGGAAGUAGUAAAAGAAAUUGUCAUUGUUUGUUGGUCUUUCUGCACCCAUUUCUACGAUGAGAUGCAAUGCAAAAUGGGCUUAAUAUGA